UUACAAUUCCGUAACAAUCACCCCAAAACCGAAAUUAAAGGCUAAUUCGAAAGAAAGAAACACACACACACACACACACUCGUACUUCUCUUCAACAUUCUAAAAUCUCUGAAACUUGCGACAUCAUUUUAGGGUGCAGCCACAAUAGAGGACCACUGGAAUAUCAGAUGAUGUCUUGUUCGAAACAUAUAAAGGUUCGAAGACGAAAAAGCGAGCGAGAGAGAAUUCGCACAACUACAAAAGCUAUUAUUGUACACAAGCUUCACUGCAUGUCCUCUGAGAAUUUGUUCGUCACUCAAAAUGCCCUUUAAUUUCACGUUUCUUUUAUCCCCUCUCAACAAACGAACCGUACCUCUAAUCCGCCAACGACCCACUCCAACCUACUCCAAACUUCUUCACAACACUAUGCUCAACGCAGUCCGAUCAAUUGCGUAAGCAAAAGUCCUCGCGUCUCUUCCUCAACUCCUCAACAACCCAAUCGAGCUCACGAAACUGUCAUGGGCGAAAUUAUCUACAAUCAAACCGCCCUCGACGCCAUGGAAUCCGCAGCGAUUCAGCUGAUCUCCUUAAUCCAGUCCAAAACUGCGCACCCUGGAUCUUGCUAAUCUCAUUAAAACACUGUACAAUGUACUCAAAAUUCUGAACCCCAUUUCGCGCUGGCCUUCCCCGCCGCUUCAUGAAACCCAGAUGGCCCACAGAGCCCACCCAUCGAGGAUGCAACGCCAGUACAAACCGAUCAGCCGGGAGAGUGACUUAACCCCACCGAAGGUAUGCGGACGUUCCAGAACUUCCCUUGGCCAGAACGGGAAAGCCCCUCCUCUGUACAGCAGAUCGGAUUGUGGACGAUUGAGAACCUCGUGCACAGAAAACCCUUCGGAGGAUAUUGGACUAGGUUCGGAGUAUGACGUAAACUAUACCCGGCAGACGAUGGAGCCGGCCAAUGGAAGGUCGCCAAUCUGUUGGCUUCAGUUGCUCGUCGAGGAACCUGGCUCCAGAGAAGACAAGCGCGUUGUGUUUCACGUCGGAGCUAUUUUUCACGUUUUUCCCUGUGUGGCUUCUUGUUUGUGGACAUCCCGUGUGGGUCUGUUACGUUUUUCCCUGUGUGGUUUCUUGUUUGUGGACAUCCCGUGUGGGUCUGUUGCGGCGAGAGUAACUAGAUCUGCAUCUGCUUGCUGCUUCGGUCACAGCAGUUCCAGAAGCAUCGCGAUGAGUUCAUCUGACAGGGGAGGUAUUCAGGCUCUUCUUGCAGCAGAGCAAGAUGCGCAACGUAUUGUGGCCAACGCUCGAGCUGCCAAGACUGCACGACUUAGGCAAGCCAAGGAAGAAGCUGAGCGAGAAGUGGCUCAGUACAGGGCACAGCGGGAGGCUGAAUUUCGGAAGAAGCUCUCGGACUCCAGCGGUGACUCCGGUGCAAAUGUGAAGCGUCUGGAAUCUGAGACUAACGAUAAGAUUAAUCGCCUCAGCGAUGAUGCUGCCAAGGUUGCUGCGGAGGUCACAGCUCUUCUAAUGAACUACGUGAUCACAGUCAAAAAUUAGGGCAGAACUUCCAUCCCAAGUGGGUUUUCGUUAUCUUGCUCUGUAAACAGCAUCAUUGUAGAAUAGUAUGAAUUCAUUCAAACAGAUUGGUGUAUUGUUUCUGUGUUAGUAUCACUAACCGUGUUGUCUCUUGCUAUCUAGGGACAAUUCCUUGUAGAAAUCGCCAACACUUGCUAGAGUUUCUCGUUCAAACUGUGUUAAUUCUUACUGUCCAGUUUCUAAACUUUUUGUGUACCUUCACGUUCAAUCCAAUUAAAGGUCUAUUCGAGUGUUUCAUAUUGAUAAAACAUAAAUCA